AUGACAACACUAAGUACAACUGAAAGUACAACACUAAGUACAACUGAAAGUACAACACUAAGUAGAACUGAAAGUACAACUGAAAUGACAACACUAAGUACAACUGAAAGUACAACACUAAGUACAACUGAAAGUACAACAAUAAGUAGAACUGAAAGUACAACACUAAGUACCACUGAAAGUACAACACUGAGUACAACUGAAAGUACAACACUAAGUACAACUGAAAGUACAACACUAAGUACAACUGAAAGUACAACACCAAGUACCACUGAAAGUACAACACCGAGUUCUACAGAAAGUACAACUGCUAGGACAACUCAAAGUUCUCCUGCAAGUACAACCCAAAGUACAGUUGCCAGCACAACUGAAAGUACAACUGUUAGUACUACUAUAGGUUCGACCGAAAGUACAACAGCUAGCAGAACAACUGCUGCCACAUCUCAAAGUAUGACCACCAGCAUCACUAAUCUUCCUUUGAAUACUAGUUGUUCCUUUGAUGCGAAAACAACGACAUCUGUACCACCAACGGCAGAGAAUAUUGUUACAUGUCAAAUGUAUCCUGAAGAUUGUGACAGGCCCGUGACGUGGGAGACUACGGCCAAAGGGGAAACUCGUGAUUUUUACCAAAUACUAAGAGAACGGUAUGGAAAUCGCGUUAAACUUUUACGAGCUACAACGCACUGGCCACUUCGUGGUAUAGUCUACAGUUAUAAUGAAGAAAAUUUCCGUUUCGGACGACAUAAUGAAAGUUAA